CCGUUGCCGUCGAGCGCCAUUUAGCGGACGCUGACGCUAAUCUGCUCGUGCAACCAAACUCCAACGCAGCUCUGCUUACCUUUUGGAUUCGACAUGACUGCGACGGCAGGGUGUUUCGGACGGCGUAGCUUGAAAGUGGCUCCUGAGCCUCACCGAGCCUCGUUGAUCAAGUCGCGGGUGAAAUCGGCUCUGUGAACCAGUUUACUAUGAUACUUGCUAACUCGAAUGAUUCAUGUUUGCACCUCUGUUGUCUUUGAAGGGGUUAGAUGUUGCACCUAACCGUAGUCAGACGCUCGUAUUAUUUAUUACCCCCCCCCCCCGACUUGUGUCACACUAGAUGCGUUUCGAGCCGCCAUUGGCCCUCUACUUCCCUGUUCUGUCAUUUAACGAUGACAUUUGCACGUAGACGAUGAGCGUAGCUUUUUUUGAAAAUCCUUUCCUCAAUUCAAUGUUUUUAUUGCGGGCGACUGGGGGGGGGGCAAACUAGAGUGAUUUGCUGUUUUAUGACUCUUGUGUAAUCGAGAGAGACAAACAGGGAGAGUGUGCCAAAGCUUCAUGUGUUUUAUUUGCGAGUGUUGCCCCCCCCCCCCCGGCCCCCUUAUGGGGCGUUACUAAAAAUAAAGUGCCCAAACGUGUUUUCAUAUCCUCAGUUUUCAUCGCACACCGUGUUAAACGCUACCCAUGCCUCACACACUCUCACCAUUUGAGUUUGAAUACUCAAGCCGACAACUUACGCAAUCGCUUGACAGUCUCUGCGCCUUUGCUCUCGUGUACCAUUUUUGCUUUUAAGAAAGGCCUUAAAACAAAUAACCGCGUUGCUAGAAGCCUUAACAUGUUGCGCGUGCGGCCAAAAGAAGUGUGAGCUUCUUAUUUUGCAAGUCGUGUCAACGUCUCUCCAAGAUCAGCCGCAGUCUUAAAACCGCCAAACUCAUCUCCCACCCUUUUAAGUUUCAUUUCUGUGUGUGAAGCAGAUUCACGCAACGACGUGAGCGCCGAGAGUCAAAUUGUCUCGCGCCGCCUUUAGAAAAUUUAAAGCAUCGUGUAUAUCAAAAUAGGAUUUUUUUUUUUUUAAACUCAAAAAUGUAAUGAAAGAGUUGUGAGGCGAAUCUCGGCAAGUCCGUCCGCCGUGCAAAUGGGGCCGGCACGUGUGUACCGCAGACCCGGCGGCUGAAGAAGUGUGACGAGGGCUGACAUUUCAGGUCUUCUUCCCCCCGGAAGCAAACGCGGCACGUUGGCUGGGAUGCCCGACGGUGAGCUUGCCUUCCUCUUUACGGGCGAUGUCGCCUGCAGGGUGGAAGUGCGGCCGCACCGCGCUUCCAGUAACCCGCUUCGCCGGUCGCACGCCUCGUCUGCCAUGCUGCAUUUUUUAAAAUUUUUAUUUAUUUAUUUUCGCGAAGUCACGAUUUCUCACGAAUGGAGUCGGUGUCCAAAAAACCCACAAUUCGGAUCUGUAAUAUUCAAACAUUUGUCGCAUGUGUAUUUGCAAAAAUGGUGAAAGUUGAACAUUUGGUGACUGUCAUUUGUCGUCCAGAUGUUUUCAAAACGUAUUAAAAGGCUCAAUGCCACAGUUACAUUGACAUUUUCAUAUUCCUUGAGAUUGUUGUGUGAUGUCGUUGACAAAAAUAAUUUAUGUUUUUGUCUUCCAUCCUAUUUAAGGAUCGAACCUUAACCCCUAAGCCUUAUCCUAAUCCUAACCCCCUAUCCUCAAACCUCUCACUUUUUUUUUUUUUUUUGGUCACUGGAAUGCUACUUCUUCUUGUUUACGUCCAAACUUCAUGCACGCUUUGAGCACGACGCCUCCGGUCCACCGGUGAAAGGACACUUUUGAUUUUUCUCUUCUUCCGUCGAUAACUGCUCCAAACAAGGCGUUUGCAGGAAUACGCCACGUUCCGAUGGCGUGACUGUCCGUGUCUUAUGUUAUUUUAUCGCAUUUUGUUAGUUUAUGUUAAGCGCUCUGUAAAGCGCUUUGUUUUUGCUUUGUGCUGUAAAAUGUGACUGAAUUAUAUGUCAAGAAAAGCCUACCGGAACAGCUGAAGUUAUUAACACAGACAAUCCUAAAUAAAAUCACUUCGGCAAGUGUGUGCUGACUCCCAUUUUAUGGCAGUCUUUGAAUGUGAUGCAUUAUUUCAUCUUGAUUCACUGCCACAUCCCCAGUUAUUAUGGGGGGUGUACACUUAUGCAACCACCCUAUCUCAGGUGUCGAUUUUGAAAUCACCCUCGCUCAAAAGGUUUGUUUGAUUUUCAGUUGAAUUGUAGGACACAUCGAUGGUUGAUAAAGUUUUUGUCUUGUUCCUUUUUUUUUUUUUUUUUUAAAUAGCACAAAACCUGGCAUUUGAACAGGGGUGUGUAGAGACUUUUUAUGUCCACGCUAUUUGCUUUGCACGUGCCGGCAUGUUGAAAAAGUGCUUAGUCAUUGUUCACAUGGACUUCUGUAAAAGGAUGUGGUCACUGGUCCAGAAGUUAAAAAAAAAAACAGGAAGUGGAUGCAUGUUAAAAGUCGGAGGCUGCACGGUCCACUGACACAGUCGGCAAAAUGAAUCGCGUCGUGAUCGGAGGCCUGCUGUUGCUGCUCAAGCUGUCCGCCGGCAUCACAGCACCAGUGGCUCCUCCCGCACGCAUCAAGUUUGACUCGGUGGACUUCAAGAAUGUCCUUCGCUGGAUGCCGCCCGCCAACAGCAGCAACGUGCACUACGACGUCCAGUGGAAGAUUUACGGCGAUGCCAAGUGGCGGGAUGCGGACGACUGCCAGGGUAUCCGCCGGCUCCACUGCGACCUGAGCGGGGUCACCUCGGACCUCCGAGAGUGGUACUACGCCAGGCUGAGAGCGUGUUCCUCGUCCGCAUCGUCAUCGUGGAUCCUCUCCCCGAGAUUCAGCCCCCAAUGGGACACUCAAAUCAGCGCACCUCAGCUAAGGCUGAACGCCAGCGAGCAAGGCAUCAAGGUGCGCGUGAGGACCCCCAAGGCCCUGGCCAAGAAGAUGCUAAGCAGUCACCUUCGCGCCACUCUGGUCUACCACGUCUACGUCAUUAACGAAGAGGGCAAGGAGGAGGUGUUUGAGCUGCUUUGCUGCUCGGGGAAGUUUGUCGUGAGCAAAGUGAAGCACAAGACAAAAUAUUGCUUCCAGGCGCAGAGUGUCGCAAAACUGCAGGGACGCCGCAGCGCUCGCGGACCUGCCAAGUGCGUCACCGUCCGAUGAGCACAGGAACGCUUCGACAUGAUGCGAUGUCUUCCGCCACCGCCAAGAGGGUCGAGCUGGGCAGACGCUCCAAGCCCAGAGUUAAGAUUGGUUUUGGUCGAUUCGAUGUCGACGCACUCCUCCACUGAAAUCAAGCGCCGUUGGUUCAGAAUGACGACGUCGUCCCAGAGACUCUUGUUUUGUCACAUUAAAAUGUCAAAGGGGCUCAAGGGUCAGCUUGUCAUUCUUUCGACUGGCAACUUUGUCAUAAAACAAGCGAAUGCUUUCAAAUUAGGCUCGGGCGCAACCUUUGCAAAUGGGGAUUUCAAAUUUAGGGUUAUGGUUUUAAAUUAGACUGUC